AUGACUUCUUGUGACAAAGCAGAAAACUCAAGUUUAUGCCCAAGGGGUUGCGGCUUCUAUGGUAACCCAAGCAACCACAACAUUUGUUCCCAAUUCUAUAAAGCUUUCUUGAAAGAAGAAUCCGCCAAGAGUGCAAUAGCUUUAUCUGAAAAGUUAUAUUUUCUUACUGUUGAUGAUACUGUUAAAACUGGAAACAACGAUGAUUUGACGAUGAAGACGAAGACAGAAAGGAUUCAUAGGUACCCAGAGGAACAUGCAUGCACAUUCAAUUUCAAGUCUAUGGGACGUGCGCUUUUGGCUAAGGAAAAUCCUCUUUGCAAAGUUGAUAAACUUGAGUAUAGGAUCUAA